GCGCUAUGCGCGUUGCCACCGGAGACGCAAUGUAGGAAGUAAAUUCCACAGCCUGCCGUCGUUGUUGUUUUGAUAGCUCGAAUAGUUAAACGUGUUAAAAUACACCUGCCUGCGUGUUUAUGUUCAGUAUUUUCUCCUGUUGUUUCUGAGCAGUUUUCGACUUGGAUAACCGACCCGACACUAACAUCACCGACACGGUACUGACAGUCCAUGAGUCGCGGUCGGAACCCCCCUCCCCGGGGUCAAGGGGCAGCCCGAGCCAAACAGAUGGGGCUGCUCCUUGACCUGUCCCCGGACGGAGGGAUGAACGAUGAAGGGAAUGAUGAAGACCUGGAGGCAGAGCUGCUGAAUCUGGUGGGAGGAGGUGGGGCAGGAGGGAGAUCACAAGGGAAGAAAGGUGAUGGCAGAGCUCCUGUCGCCAUGGCUGAAAUAGAGCGAAUGGCAGCUCUUUGUAUGAAAGACCUGGAUGAUGAUGAGGAAUUGGGGGAUGAAGAUUUGGAUGAUGAUGAUCUGCUGGCAGAACUGAAUGAGGUGUUAGAGGAUGAUGACGAACAAACUCCUGCUCCCACCCCUCCUGCCGUCACGCAAACUGCUCCCAAAGUGAGCGUCACAUCCCGCUCUACUCCUCAUGCUGCUCCCAGUGGUGCAACUGGGAUGGAGUCCUGCUUAUUGGAGCGCAUCGAUAUGUACAAGACAGCCAUUUCCAAUGCCAAGGCUGUGGGGGAGACCAGCAAAGUUCGAAGAUAUGACCGUGGGUUAAAGACAAUGCAGUCCAUGUUGGCAUCUGUCAGGAAAGGAAAACCCGUCAAUGAGGAGGAGAUCCCACCUCCUGUUGCUCUUGGGGGAAAGCCCAACGCCACAGCCGAGUCCGAGCCUAUCAAGGAACGAGAGCUGGCAGAGCCCACGCUGAUUCCUUCUCCCACAAAUCAAAAACCUCUAAGGGAGGCUGCGCCAACAGCUCCUAAUACGAAGCUGCACCUUCUGACCCCGCCCCAAAAGCCUGCUGCUGCCAUCACCCCAGGAACACCUGCCAUAUCACCCCUCACCCCCAGCCAGCCUGACGCACAGCACUCCGAGCUGAAACAGGCAGUGUUGUCCAGACAGAGGGAGUAUAAGAUGGCCGCCAUAAAUGCAAAACAGAGGGGUGACGUUGACAAGGCCAAACAGCACUACCUCGUGUCCAAGAAACUGGACUUGCUGGUGGAGGCCCUGGACAGAGAUGAACCAGUAGACCUGAGCUCACUACCUCCCCCUCCUGAAAAGUUUUUAGUCUGAUUUCUUCACGGAGAAUGGAGCUCCCAACAGUGGUGUCAGUUUUCUUAUACAAUAAGUUUGAUUAAAGACCAAA